AUGCGCGCCAACGGCGCUGCGGAGGCGCAGGCGCGCCGCCCCGGCCCGCAGCCGCAGCCCCAGCCCCAGCUGGCCCAGCCUGUGGCGACCGCCCGCCGUCGCCGCCGCUCGGUCAUCACCACCGCCGUCGCCGCCCCCGCCGCCACCACCAUCACCACCACGGCCUCCGCGCCGCCGCGCCGCCCACAAGAACCGCCGCAAGGGCAGGCGUACAAACUGGAGCGCGUGCCUCGCCAGCUGCAGCUGAGCUCGGAGGACGACUGGAGGAACGAAGCUGGCCCCGCCGCGGCCUCGCCCUCCCCGAGCAGGCGGCCGCCGCCUCCGCGCCGCCGCCGCCCGCGCCCCGCCCCCGCCGCCGCCGCGCCCGCCGAGACCUACCACUGCACCUUCUGCGACAUGACCUUCGGCGACGUCGUCAUGUACACCAUGCACAUGGGCUACCACGGCUUCGCCGACCCCUACACGUGCAACAUGUGCGGGCAGGCGACAGCCGACCGCUUCGCCUUCUUCCUGCACAUCGCGCGCUCGGCGCAUUACUAG